CUCCGCACGCACGCAUCGAUUUGGGCUAAACGUUAGAUACCUCCUAACGCAGUUGUUAGGGUGGAAAAAAUAAUACGCGGAUAGUAAAUAAAAUGAAUUAGAAAUGCUGUGCGGUUUUUCGCGUGCGAACCGUUGACGGAGAACGCAUCCGGAGCGGAGCGCUGGCCCCCAGAAAAGUGCAAUACUCCACCAACAACCACACGACACAGAAAACUGAGUGCAGUGCGAAAAAGCAAAGAAAAGCGAAACGGGGUAAAAAAUGCAAUGCCGUGUGAAAUAUCACUCAAACAUAAACAACAAAAACAACGACAACUAGUGCAUUGGCAGCAGCAGUAGCAACAAUAACAACAACAAACGAUAAAACGAAGAUAACAGAUAAAAGAGCAGCAGUCGAAAAUGUUUAUUGUAUAAUUUCCUAUUGAGCCAAAAAGGCAGGAACCGGACACAGGACGCAGGACCCACAACACAAAGCGUAGACGCGUAGGACGCAGUAGAACUUGUGCAACGAACCGAUUGACCCACUGGCCGCCUCCACAUGAAGACCAUGGGGCGCUUCGGCCUGCGCCGUGGCUUCAAGCUCUCGGAGGAACAGCAGCAGGUCAACGGCAAGAAUCCAAUUGGACCAACAGCAACGACCAUGGCAACAUCUACUGCCGUUACUGUUGCCGCACCCGCAACCGUUCCCGUUCCCGCUCCCGCCACACCCCGCAAGAAGCGUCAGCCACGACAGGAGGAAGUGACGACGGCGGAGCAGUAUCAGGUGCAGCUUGCCAAGAAAGAGCCGGCCGAGGAGCAGAACUCAUCGCAAUACCAGGAGGCACCUCUAUCGUUGAUCUGCAGCCUGCCACUGGAGCGGCUGCCCCGGCUCAUGGAGAAACUACAGCAGCUAACCGAAGAGCGGGAACGGGAACGUGAGCGCGAACGGGAACGGGAGCGUGAGGAAGCCGCCGCCCUCAACGCAGCGGGCCACUCCAAGGUCCUGUGUUUGUACUGUGAUAGAAAGUUCACCUCCGGCAAGCUGCAGGCCAAGCAUGUGGACAAGUUCCAUACGGAGCGGCAGGAGCGACGAUGCAGCGGUCGCUCUACCAGCUCCAACGCCCAGCCCGCCGUCGGCUUUCCCGGUUGCCAUCUGUGCGGCCAGCAGACCGCCAAGCGACACCAGGCCACGCCGCCGCCGCAGAUCUGCCUGCCUGCCAAGCAUCUGGAGCAGCUGUUCCAGCACUUGAGUGAGCAGCAUACGGACAAGUACUUUGGCUGCCGGCAGUGUCGACUGCGUUUCCCGGAUGCUGACCAGUUGGCGGGCCACCAGCGGCAGCAGCAUCCAUCGCCAUCGCUGCCGGAGGAAGCUGUCGCCGCCGCCAAGCCCGGACUGAUGGGCGCGGAUGAGCCGGUUCUAUUUCGCCUGGGCCUCACCCAGAACCGUCUGCCCAGCCAUCGAAAUCGCAGUCAGCGCAAGGAGGAGGAGCCGCCGCCUUUGGCCACGCCCAGCCACAAGUCGCGGAGUAGCAGUCGGGCGGCGGCCCAAAGGCAACAGCAACAGCUCCAGCUCCAGCAACAACUGCAGCCAACACCGACUGGCAAUCACUCGCAGGACACAGUCAAUCCGGAUGCAGUGUUCCGACUGCCAGCCAGCUCAACCUGCACCACCGCCUCCUCCGGAGCUGCUGCCGCCCCCUCCGCCGCCGCCGCAGUAGCCUCUGCUGCCGCCAGUUCCGUGUUUGAUGAUAACUUCUACAAGGAUGUGGUCUUCAAUGUGCGCCACAAUCUACAGAAUCACUUGGACGGUCGGCUUCUCACCUCAGCAGCUGCAGUUGCAACUGCAACUGCGACUCCAGCAGCAACAGGGCAGAGACCGGAGCUGAUCAUGCUGCACGGCCCCAGCGAGUUGUGUCCCGGCGGCGCCUCCUAUCCCACUCUGCUCACCGCCGAGCAGUUCGGUGCCACCGGCGAGCUCCUGCCGCUGGCCAAGUUUAGACGGAGACCGCACACGAAGCACAGCUGGAAAUGGAAGUGGGACUACGUAAAGAAGUUUACACUGAUCAACGAGGGCGGCCGGCUGGUGAAGAAGCUGAAGCAGCCAAGCCUGGGCCUCGGCCUGCGUGAUCUCUCCAAGCUGGAUAUGUGGACGCAGCUGACAAUGCGCCAAAAGCACGAUCUCUCGCUCUCGCUGGCGGCGGAGCAUCAAAACCAAGAACAGCGCCGCCUGCUGGAGCAGCUAAAUCUCAUCCUCGACCAACGCCUGCUGCCGCACAUCAUUUUGGAGCAGAACGAGCAGGCGGUCAUCAAGUGCGAGAACGAGGACGGUGACGAGGAUCUAGGCAUCGAUGGGCAUAGAACGGACGACGACCUGGCCCUGGGACAGAGUUUCGCUGACGAGAGCUUUCUCUCGCUGCUGCAGCUUCAGCCACGAACGUCGAACAGCAGCAGCAGCAGCAGCAGCAGCGGUGGGCUGGAUCGGCGCAGAGAGCGAGAUCUGGAGCGAGAACGGGAACGACUGCGGCUUCGGAAUCGUCGAGGAACCCUCGUCCUAAGCGGUGAGUGGGCCCGUCCGAGGCUUUACCUAUGCAUAUGCUGCGGCGCCAAGUUUGACCAGCGGAAGUCCCUGGAGGAGCACAAGACCUUCCGCCACUCGCACAUCUAUGCCACCCACUACGAGGUGGUUGGUCGGGAGCUGCUGGCAGGCAACCUGCUGCGUCACCUCUUCAUACCGAAGCGGGCACUCGGUCGCUUCGCCGCCACCAGCAACUGUGCACCAGGCGGUGCCCUUGUGGCCGUGCAUCAGCCCAAGCAGGAGCAGGAGCAUCGGGUUCAACCAGAGGAGGAGACCAGGUCAUCCGCCUCGUCGCGCUCCUCGUACGAGGUGUCCACACCAACACCGCUGUCGGGUUUGGAGCAGCAGCAACCUUCGCCAGCCUCUGGCUCCUCGGGAACAGCAUCUUCGGCGUCGUCAUCUUGCUCGCCCAGCUCAUCUUCUGCCUCGACACUGAUGUCCACCGCCUCCACCUCGAUGUCCUUGUCCACCUGCACCUCCUCCUCCUCGACGACCAUCACAUCGCUGUCGGCGUCGUCGUCCGCUCCCUCCAGCUGCACAAAGUGCGGACGCAAGUGCAGCGGCCUCAUGGAUCUCUACCGCCACAUGUUGGACUGCUCCGGUGACUAUGUGUGGUCGCUGGCCAAGAAGCGCAAGUAUCGCUACUAUUGCGGCACAAAGAAGCGUCGUGGCUUCUCCAAAAAGCCACUGAAGCAGAUGUCGGCCCGCAAAAAGGAGAAGCUCGAGGGCGAGGCGGAGGCAGAGAACGAGGGGGAACACGAGGCAGAGGCUGAGGGAGAGGGCGAGGGCGAGGAGAGCGGCUGCAGUUCGUCGAAGCUCAAGACCUCGCCACGCCAAAGGCCCAGCGAUGCGGAAUCCAUUCGCAAGAUGCUGGAGAACCUGCCCGCCAAGCGCGUCUGCAAGAAGAUCUUCCCUGUGGACAACAAGGCCAAGCGCAAGGCCAAGAACAAGGCCAAGUCCAUGGUCAAGUCCAAGACCAAGUCCAAGCAGCAGCGCAGCAGCACCAAGAGGAUCUACAAUCAGCAUCUGCUGCGCAACACGCGCUCUCGCUCUCGUUCCUCGGUGGUGGCCACAGCCUCCUCGGCCGCCGCUGUGGCAGCACAGCAGCAGCGCAGUCGACGCAAGCAGAAGCAGCAGCAAAAAGCUAAGCUAGACCGAAUCAAAUCCCCGCCAGAACCUCCCGCUGCAGCACAAACGAAGGCCUUGCCAGACCUCGUCAAGCCAGAGCAGGCUCCCAACUCCACCACCACCACCACCACAGUCACUGCCAAGUCACGAUCUCCCGCUGAGGAAAAGCCAACGCUACGCUUAGAGCUGCCGCUGGCGCUCCCUAUCUCCCUGCCAACAGCUGCUCAGGAAUCCGAGCCCGCCUCCCCCACUCCCAGCAGCAAGCAGCUGAUGCCCACACCGCCCACAACUCCGGCUCCGGCCACCAAAUCCCCGCCAGUUGCCGCUGUAGCACCACCAUUCUCAGCCAGCACUCGCCUGGCCACGACUCCCAACUCAACGAAUGUAAAGCGUAGCAAGAGGAUCAGCGAUUGCAUAGCCAUGCUCACCGGCAAGCUGGAGGAGAAGCUCAAAACAGCACCGCCGCUGGAGAAGGAGAAACUAGAGAAGGACAAGCUGGAAAGGGAGAAACUGGAGAAGGAGAAGCUGGAGCAGGAGAAGAAGAACGCCGAGAAGGAGAAGGAGAAGGAGAAGCAGCAGCAGCAGCCAGAGCCACCGGUUACCGCGGAAAAGGAUAAGGAGAAGGAGCCGCUGCUGGCCAAGACACCCAAACGCAAAGCAGUGUCGCGGCGAAUAAUCAAAGUGGAUGCCCCACCGGAGGUUGUGCAACCGAAGCCUUCGCUGGAGCUGCAGCAGCCAACAGAAGGAGUGACCACGUUGCCAGCUACUCCCUCGCCUGUGGCUCUGCCCCCCGCCCUAGUUUCCACUGUUCCCGCAACAGCUGCCGCAGCAAUCCUUCUACCACUUCCAAUUCUCAGCACUCCACCGGCUCCAGCUACAGUUGCAGCUUCCGUUCCAGUUCCAGUACCAGCUGCUGUUCCCACUCCCAUCUCAGCACCAGCUCCACCGCCACCAAGGCGCACGCCCACCAAGGCGGCGGCCAAGCAAAUGGCUGUCCCACCGCCAACGAAGCCCCCCUCGCUGGCCGCCCUCAAGCAGUAUCCUCCCGUGGAGCAGCAGCAGGUGCCGCUGCCAGCGGCUCUUCCUGUGCCUGUGCAGCCACCACCGCCCGUGCUCGUGACAGUUCCGUUGGGGCUCCAGGCGAUGCCAGCUCCAGCUUCUGCUGCUCUGCCCGUACCCCUGAACGUCAAGAUGAUGUCAAAGCUACCUCUGUACAUGCCGCAGCUCCAACCGCAACCUCAGCCGCAGCCGAAUCCGAAUCAUACGGCACCACCGCCGACCACCAUGUUCGUGUUGGACCCACAGCAGCCGCUCAACCUCACCAGCCAGCGUGGAGUGCUCCAGAAGCCGCUGAUUGGCGGGACAACGGGGGAUCCCGGACUCGUGGGCUUGCCGCCGCAUCAUCAUCGUGCCGGAGGAAUGCCCGCCAGACGGCAGACGAUCUGUGGCUUUGAGGCACGCAACCUGCUCGUCUCAGACAUGGAUAUGGAGCCGCUGGAUCUAUCGAAGAAGUCGUCGAGGAAGUCUUCCCCAGCACCGGCAGCGCUACAGCAGCAGCCAAGGAUGCAGCCAGAGCUGUCGAUGGUGGCAAUGCCAUCACUGCCACUACCACUGCCGCUGCCGCUGGUGACUGGAGGAACAGCAGGAGCUCCGCCACAGCAAGUACCUCAACCAUCAGCCCAUGGCCAGCAAGCCAUGCCCGUUCCCGUUCCUCUUCCUGGUCAGCUGCAAUCCAUGCCGAUGGUGGGUGGUCUACCCGCUCCUCUGGCCUCGCAGUAUUACUCGAAUCUGGAUCUGCUCAAGAUACCGCAGGUGCGGAAUCCCAACAAUCCCGGCGUUGUGGUAGCCUCAAGCGUUCCGCCUCCUGUAGGGGCAGUGGCUCCCGUAUUAGCACCCACCGUAGUGCACAACCAAGUGAAGAAUUCCGGCGGCAAGAAGCGCUCACAGCAGGAUAGCGGUGGAUCAACUGGCGGGUCCAAGAAGGACCACAACAAGGGCCAGACCAAGGCGUGUCCGCGCAUGGAUGAGGUAGUCAACAAUCACAUUGAUGAUGCCAUCAAUUCGGUCAUCAUGGCCGUGCAGGCGAGUUUGCCCGACGACGAGGAUGACGGUGAAACGGAAAAGGAAGCGGAAAAACAAAGGGAACGGGACAAGGAGAAGCUGAAGAAGCUGGAGGAAGCCUUGCCGCCCAAGCCAGGCAAUUGCAUCCAGCCCCUGCCGGCCACUCCUGGCUUCUUGUUUGCUUCUACACCAGCAGCCAUGACGAUUCCACCUGCAGCUGCACCUGUGCCCGUUGUGGCUCCCGCUCAGCAGCCUUUGCCUGUGCCUGUCCCUGUCCCAGUUCCUGCACCUGUACCCGCCAAGAAUCUGGCGCCCAAGAAGCGUUCCAUGCGCUCGAAAACCAUCGACUGUCGGUCUGCUUUGCUGUCUCUGGAUGAGGUGACUCCUCCGUCGGCUCCGUUGCUGCCCUUACCAGUGAAUGGCGAGGCGAGGCGGGAAGUGCCUCAGAUGCAGAAGGACGCCUUACCACAGCCAGAGCAGGCACCAGUUCUGCCCGAAGUAUGCCUCAAGGAAGCCAGGACGGAGAAGAAGCUGCUAGCUGAUUCCAUGCUGGCUGCAGCCACCGUAGAACCGAAGUCGGAGACGGAUCCAAAGCCAGAGCCAGAGCGAAAAGCUCUUCUGCAUCAGCCUCAACAGCAGCAGCAAGAGGAGGAGGACCAAGAGGAGACUGAGCCAGAGCCCGAGGGAGCUGUUCCCGCCGCACCCGUGCCCGUUUCUGUCAUCUCCGUGGCGCCAGCUCCGCGCCAUACCACACCGCCGCCGGAGACAACCAACUGUAGCUCGUCGCUGAUGGAGGAGCACAGCAGCAAUCUGAACAACAAUACCUCGUCCGGCUUUCACAGCCUGGCCCAGUCGGAGCAACCGAUUCCAACGGCAACUGUAACAAUGCCAGGAGGAACGGAUGAACAGCUGCCCGUUGUCGUCGUCGAUGUUCCAGCUGCCAAGGAGGAGGAGGAUGCUGGCCUGUUGCCCGCCAAGAAGAAGCAGCGCCGCCGACGAAAGAACGAACUGGCGGCCAUUGUGGCCGAUCAGCUGCUGGAGAGCUUUAAGAUCGACAAUGCCCGCCGGGACAACCUCAAGAAGCUGGAGAACCUGGCGUACGAGAAGAGCGAGGAUCUGCUGCUCACCGGUAUGCUGCUUAUGUCCAGCACCAAGCGAAACGCGGCUCUAGGACCCGCGGCAGCCGCUGCCGCCAAGCUGGCCAAGAGCGAGGCUGCCUCGGUGGCGGAGACCCCUACGAAUCCACCCGUGCGUGGAAGGCCCAAGCGCCGCCAGAGCUGCUACUAUCGACGGGGCAAGGGAGCGGGAGCAAGCAAUGGUGCUACCGGUGGUGGCAAGGCCACCAAUGAGAACAUCAGCCUGCUCAAGUCAUCGCUGGAAUCCUUCUCCAUUGGCAUUGAGAAGCAGCUGCUGGCCAAGGAGGCCCGCGAAGCCAAGGACGCAGCUCAGCCAACGGCGGCGGGGACGAUCACGACACAGCCGGCAGUUGGCUCCAUCUUGCGACCCAGCAUCCUCAGCAGUGCCGUGGCCAGGGAACAGCAGCAACAACAGCAGUCGCAGUCAUCGCAAAGGACGCCAAGUAAGCAGCAAGAGAAGCAGGAAAAGCAGGACAAGAUCCCACAGGCUGCUACCUUCAGUCGCGAUCCGCGUCUCAACAAGAACAUCCACAAGGAACCGCCGGCGGGCAGCAGCAGCGGCAAGGAGACAUCCAAGGUGACGCCGCCAGCAGUGCCUCCAGCCACGGGUGACAAUCCCGAGGAGGAGGACAACUACCUUACGGAGAUAGCCAAGAACGUGAACGAGAAGAUUAUGUCGGCCACCACCAACGAGGACUUUGAGUUCGCCCACGACGAGUUCGAUGGCGAGGACCAGGAUCAGGAUCAGGAGAAUGACAAGUACUACCGCCCACCUACCUCGAUGAGCGUGCGCAGUGCCCCCAAUCUAAACGACGAGCACUCGAACUUUGGCUCCAUGUGCGACGACAACACCAACACUGAGGUGAUGGACAUGGACCUGGACGAUGAGAUGAGCGUGUACACCAGUUAUUCGCAGGAUCUGGGCCGCGGUGGACGCGGAAGGCGGCGCAGGCGUCGACGGAGCGUCCUGUUCACACGGCGUCCCAAGAAGCGGACGCAGCGCAGCGAACUGGAUGCCGAGAAAUACGGCUGCAAGCUGUGCGGCAAGACCUUCUUCUCGGCCACCUCGCUGUCCAAGCACAACAUGACCCUGGCCCAUGUGUCCAAGGUGUCGGCCCAGGAGUAUCUACAGUCACAGACGGCGCCCUCGAGUCCACAAGAUACGCGUAACUUGGACCAGGAUGAUGACCAGGACAGGGACAUGCAGCUGCAGGAGCUAAGGCUGCACGAGGAGCAGCCGCCAGUGGCAGUAGCAGCAGCGGCAGCAGCAGCUCCACAGCAGAUGAGGGCCUCGGUGCUGAUGGUUACCUCGCAGCUGGCUCAGCAGGAAAGAGAUCGCGAGCGGGAGAUGCAGCGGGAGCAGGAGAGGGAGCAGCAUCAGCAGCAGCUGAGAGACCGAGACCGGGAGAGAGUCCAGGACCAGGAGGCAGCCCAAGUGCAUCAUGUCAUCACAGAGGCCAGUCUGCGGCUGCAUGACAACCAGCAUAGCCCCACAGCUCCCUCGGCCGCCCGCCUUAAUCUCAAUCCCGACGAGCGCCUCUUCUACGAAUGCUGCAACAUCCUCAAGAGCGCCGAGACACCGCGCCAGCAUGGCACUGGCACCUCAGUGAUUGUGAGUGCCGGCCGUAAGCAGCCGCCUCCGCCGCCAGCCUCUCCGUCGCCGUCGCCAUCUCCCACGCGUUCGCUGCCACCACCGGCCUCGCCGUCUCCGUCUCCUUCACGUUCCGCCUCGUUGCCACCGCCAGCUUCGCCCUCCCCAUCACCACCGCCACUGGCAACGGUUCCAAUGCCGGCAGCUCCUCAUCCACCGCCAGCUCCAGUGCCCGCCGUCUGCCAUCAGCCGGUGAUCCAACAGUUGUUCCGCAAUCCGCCCGCCGUUACGCCCACCACCACACCCACGAAUCACAACCGGCUCUCGCCCAGCUAUUCCGCAGUGUCGCAGUUCUCGGCUACCACCACCACAUCCCGCUUCAAGACGAAGGCCGCCAUGAAGGGCUACGAGAACGUGAACCUGCAACUGGAUAUGCUGGAGCUGGCCAAAUCCGGUCGCGGUGUGUGCAAGCUCACCGAAUUGGCGGACAUUGCGCUGGGCAGUGAGAAGCCCGGCGGUGACUUCCUGCCCCAUCUUCCGCCCACACCAGCGGCAGCGGUGGCGGCUACACCAGCGGUGCUAGCAACACCUCCGCCUGCGCUCCAACAAACGCCAACGCGCACGGCCACGCCAACAGUGACGCCGACGCCCAUGGCAAUGCCGGAACAUCAGCAGCAGCAGAGCUCCACAUCCUCGAAGACGAUAAUGCACGCCUCGAUUAUCAAGGCAGCGGCGGGUGUGGCCAGUUCGGCAACCCUGCCGCCGGUUUCCGGAAGGAUCAUCAUUCCUGAUCGACCGUUCAAGAACAUCGGACUGGAGGAGAAGGCGCCCAUUACGUUCCAGAAGCCCAAGACGUGCGUGAAUCUACUGCAGGAACAGGACAACAACAGCGUCUCAACGGCAAGCUACUCGGAUCGUGAUGACUACGAUUUUGGCACCCUAAGCUGUGAUGGCGAUGUGGAACCGGAACCAGAACCUGAGCCGCCAGUCAGAUUGGGUGCCGAAGCGGGUCGCGGAGCUCUGCCGGCUGGCAGCGGCGGAAAUCGUGCCGUAUCCACAUCCAGCUCAUCGUCUUCAUCCUCCUCGUCGGCCGACAACACCAGAAGUCCCGGCGGCGGCGGUGCCGGCAGCAGGAGCAGCAGCAGCAGCUCCAGUCGAGCCACCGCCAAGACCUUCGAGAACAAAUCCCUGAUAAUGGGUCGCAUCUUCAAGCAUGCCAGCAGUGCCAAGGCGUCGGCUGUGGUGGCUGCAUCGGCAGCCAUGCUCCCGGGGCCCAAUGUGGUGUCCGGCAUAGCCAAGGCCAAGGCGCUCCCCAAGAAUCAAGCGAAUCUGGACCAGAUCUUUGAUGAGUUGCGAGGCGGUGUCGGCGGCGGCGGAGGAAUAGCAGCCAAGGUGACGGAUGUGGCAGCACCGCCAGCACAGGUCCACGACAACUGGGGGCGGCAUCAUCCUCAGCAGCAGCAGCUGCAGCAACAACAGCAGCAGCAGCAGCAACAGCACCAUCAUCAUCACCACCAUCAUCAUCAUCAUCACCAUCAGGUGGAGCCCAUGGCUGCGCCAGCUGCUCCAGCCGCACCAGCGGCCAUGCCAGCACCCAGUGCUCUGCCUCCGGGCAGAAAGGCCAAAUCGACGGCUGGAAAUACGGCCAAGAAGGCGACAAAGUCAGCGCCGCCUCCUGCAACACCCACACCCACAGCUGCUAAAGGUGCCGCCGCCGCCGCCGCUUCUGGAUCUUCUACCUCCUCCACCCGUAAGCCGCGCAAGGACCUGACCAAGCUUCAGUCGGAGCUGGGCAUGAGCCACGAGGAGAUCGAGCAGCUCAUCGACGAGGGCCAGCGCAAAUCCAAGCGCCGCUGCGCCACCAAUCGACCGAAAAAGCUGGUGGAGACCUGGAGUUCCGAUGAGUACGAGGAGUUCCUCUCCACCAAGGACAUCAUAGCCCUGAUCGAGCAGAAGGAGCAGCAGGAGAUGCGGCGCAAGCGCAAGACGAGCGAGGCCAACUCACAGCCGGAGGCAGUGGCACCUCCACCAGCGGCCAGCAAGAAGGUGCCACAGACGCCUCAAGCGGCGCCGUCAAAACGGAAGAACCGUGCGAACGAAAAAAAGCAGCAGCAGCAGCCGCCUCCUGAGGUGGAGCAGCCCAAGCCAAGGGCUAGGCAACGAAACCAGCCAGUUCCAGUUGCGGCUCCUGCUCCUCCACCACCACCACCACCACCACCAGAGGUAGUGGCUCCUGCUCCCCCUCCAGCUAGGGGUAAAUCCAAAGCCACGGCAAAGGGCAAAGCACCACCGGCGGCAACCAAGGCAAGCAAUUCCCGAAAGAAGCGCGGCAAGGAGCAGCAGCCGGAGGAGGUAGAGGAGGAUCAACAGCCGCCAGAGGAGCAUGAUAAAUCGACUAUAGGUGCAGUAGACCCGCCAACUAGGACGCGCAGCUCCAGGCAACAGCCCAAGAGCAGAGCAGUGGCCGAACCCCUGCUGACUCACCAUCAACAGACGCCGCCAGCUGUGCCGCCACCACAGGAGACGGAAACGCCCAGGGAGAGGAUAAAGGCACGCAACAGCAAUCCAGCGCAACCGCUGGCUCCUCCACCGCCUCAACCUCAGCCCAGGAGCAGCUCUGUGGCCACCAAUUCGAACAACAACAACAACAGCAGCAGCAGCAACAAGAACCUGAAGACGAAGCGAAAAUCGCAGACAAACCGCCAGUCGCCGGCACGUAGAAAGCGUCCUGCGACGGAGAAGCAGCUCUACUACUGGAGCAGCUCCAGCGACGAUGAGUUCGGACGCAUGGAUGCCGAGGGUGGCGAGGCAACCCCUGGUGACGCUGGCUCCCGAACGGGAACGGGAACUAGCGGUGAGCGACGGCGAGAUCAGGCAACGGAACAGCUUGAACUGGAGGAACCGGAGGAGGAGGCGUCACCUUCGCCCGGCAAGCACUUCGAGGAGAACGAGCCGUACCAGAAGCACGGCUGGAUCGUGGGUGACUCGCACAAGAAGCUAGUGAAGCUGCUGGCCAUUGCCAAGGGCAGCAAGAAGGUGGACAACUGCGGUGUCAAGCGGCGCACGCCCAAGCGCAAGUGCUAGGAGUGCGAGAAUCUGGACGAGGAGACGAAGAGUCAUCAGCUGGAGGAGGAUGAUGGUCUCCUCAUCCUCCUCCGGCCGGACAACAACAAGUCAUAGCCAUAGGCCUCGACGUCGGAGUCGUCGGCGCGGGCAGCCGACGGCGAAGACGACGACGACAACAAGAAACCAUUGCCGCCAUCGAUCACAUAAUACGUACUGCCAUUGUGUCAUCAUCGUUAAGCGUUAAGGCCAGCGCCAGGCGGGGAUUAGCCGGAGCAGGCAGCGGUAGCCUGGACCGGGCUGGCCUGGCCUGGCCCCAUUAACCGUAUGCGGAGUAUAUGCAAAAUAAUUUUCUUUCUUUUAAACAUCUAAGCGUUACA